UGCCUGAAAAAAGUAAUGUCUUUAAUUGGAAGGCUUUUCAGUCUUACAAAUGCUUUUCUUUUUGUCGUAGUCAAAGCUGUUAACACUUCAGUCACGCCAGUCUAUAGUGCUAUUGGUACAAUAGAAUCAAGUCGCACAGUUUCUUCCAGCAUUAUAAUGAAUAUAACAAAUACUAAUGUACUUCUUCCGCCAACAAGUACUGUUCGAUGGUAUGAGAACGCUACAAUUGGUAAUGCAACUUCCAGCACGAUGUAUUCUAACCAUAUUACAACACCCACCACCACCACAACGGUGGAUUCCAGUUCUUCCGUAAAACCUACACCAACAAGUACAGCAGAAGUAGACUAUGGCAACAGCACAAUCACAACCAUCACUACAACAGCGGAUUCCAGUUCUUUCAUAAAACCCACACCAACAAGUACAGCAGAAGUAGACUAUGGCAACAGCACAACCAUCACUACAACAGCGGAUUCCAGUUCUUUCAUAAAACCCACAUCAACAAGUACAGCAGAAGUAGACUAUGGCAACAGCACAGCCACAACCAUCACUACAACAGCGGAUUCCAGUUCUUUCAUAAAACCCACACCAACAAGUACCAUACAGUGGUCAAGUAGUAAUUCAAGCAUUAUCCCUACAACUGAUUCCGGGCCAAGCACACUUCCUCCAACACAACCUCCCUACGGGARUGCUACUACGACAGGUAAGGCUCGUGCUAUGAACUAUAAACAUUAAUUAAUUAAAUCGUGUUUAUAUACUUACAUGAAAACGUAUUCUUGGUGUGGUUGUGACGUCAUAAUCGCCAUUUUGUUUGACUUCUUGACGAGAAAUUUGGCCUCUUUUGUCGUG